ACAGUCAGACUCCGUUCCACAAAAGCCAGAUUUCCAGGUCUUUUGCAGAGCCUAUAAGUAACACAAGGUGUGUCACUCUCCAGAUUAUAAGGGCUUUAACUGAGUACAGAUCUUUUUUACACUGAACAUUACAAGAUGGCAGAGAAGGGGUCACCAACUGUUCUGGGGUUUAUUGUAUUUGGGAACAUCGUAAUUAUGCUGGCUGGACUGGCACUAUUUGCUGAAACUAUCUGGGCUACCACUGACCCAUACAAGGUUUACCCCCUACUAGGGGUAACGGGGAAGGAUGAUGUAUUUGCUGGGGGCUGGAUCGCCAUAUUCUGUGGCUUCUCUUUCUUCAUGUUGGCUCUUUAUGGCAUAAUUGCUGCAAUGAGGGGUAAUCGCAUAAUGAUUAUGACGUAUCUGGCGCUAAUGAUGAUAGUCUACAUCUUUGAAUGUGCGUCUUGUAUUACAUCCUUCACACAUCGAGAUUAUAUGAUCAACUCUGAUGUCAUCAAGCAACAGAUGCUCUUACGUUACACACAGACCUCCACCUCUCAAGGAAAAGAUCUUACCAAUGUGUGGAACAGAAUAAUGUUGGAGAAAAACUGCUGUGGGGUUUCUGGUCCCCAAGACUGGAUUCAGUAUAGCUCUGCUUACCGGCUUUCAGUCUCGGAGUUUGACGCACCUUUUCCUGCGAUGUGCUGCAAGAGAGAUGCUAAUUUUAAGGUCCUUAACCAACAAGGAUGUGACGUUGGCCAUACAAAUUAUAUAAAUACUAACGGUUGUUUUGAUCAUAUUUCACAUGCAAUAAACAGCUACACUUGGGGUAUUUCUUGGUUUGGAUUCUCCAUCCUCAUGUUUACGCUGUUUGUAAUGCUGGCGACAAUGUAUUACUAUACGACACUGUGAAGAUAACCACUGCCACAGACCAGCAUAGAACAAAGCGAAGACGACAUAAAAAGUCUGCCUGAAACAGCUGGGACUUUUUUCCAUUUUAAGAUCUGGGUUUAAAGCCUUUUUUACAAUCUGACAAAGUGACCCCCCCCCCCUGUCUAUUAUAGUGGAAAUAUGAGGUGUCCUUAUCAAAUGACAUUUUAUACCUCACGUUUUAUUGAAAGCCUUUUCCAUCUCUAAAAGGCAGACUAAAUCUGCUAGUAUAUGAUUUGUUCACUGGGUAAUUUUAUUGUGAAACUGUAAAUUUUUUUUUCUGUUUCAAAUUUUUUUUUUAUAUAUAUAUAGUUUACAUUGUGUAUAUUUCUUGGUUCCACACAUGCUGCAGUGAUUUUAUAGUGAUUUUCCUGUAUUAUAAGACAUUAAUGACAAUGAUUUAACUAUUAAUUGCAUGAAUAAGGAUAUAGUUUUCAGGAACACAAUCUGAGGCUGAGAGCCGAUCUGUGAAGCCUCGCCCAGCAUCUCAUUCUCGCACACCUUCCCCAGGGACGUCCCCCCUCCCUUUUUGUACAUUUUAGUGUUUUGUGUCUUGUGUAAUCUAUCUGAAAUGUAAUUUCCCAUAAAUGUUGCAUAAUAUACAUUAAUGAUUUUAUUUUGUGUGUUUUUUGUGAAAAUCAUGCUUGUCCUAUUUUUCCUAGAGAGUCGAAAAAGCAAAUUCUACAACUUUUGCUAAUCAAAUGCUGAAAUGACUACAAAAUUUUGGCUCCAGACUCAAGAUAUAUUUGUAAAAAAUAUCUGUGUACGCGUUAUAAGAGUAUAAUUUAUAGUAAAGUUUAGUGAAGAAAUGAACAGGUCUUGCCUGAACCAUUCUAUUAACUGUGGCCAAUUGGGUUAGUUUCCAUUGAGGUAGUAAAGUUUGGAAACUGGUGGUAACAUUAAAAUUCUACAUAGACUUAAUGAAGAUAAAUGGUUUUUACCAUCAGUUUCCAAACUUUACCAACUCUAUUGAAACUAGGCCUAAGACUGUAAAUAAGAGAGGCAGUUUGCUGCAUAUUUAGGUACAGAAUCCUAAGUUCCAGCUUCUCUAGUGAGGCAAGUACUAUUGUUACAGCAACAUCAUGCACAACAAAUCCUGAAUGUCUACUGCAAGGUCUCAUUUUAGUUCACAUUUAUGGGGAAUUACAUUUUGAGUUAAAUAUCCUAUGAAAUCUGCACCAGUAACGACCUUUAACAGGCCUGAACUUUGCGGUACAGAUCAUGUGAAACAUUUCUCAUUUGUCUCGGUCAAGCACAUUCCUUAGUCUGGCCCUGUUUUUCAAUAAUGGCGUCAGCAUAUUCUUGUUUGUAACCACUGUGUCUUUCAAACUUGUUAGAAUCCUGAAACAAUGGUUUUUUUUGUCUACAUAUAGAAGAAACGCAAUAAACUUAUCUGUGUAAAGACAACAUGUAACCCAUAACUGUGAACUCUAUAAAUAUUCUUCCUUGGCACACAAGACCUAAGUGUGGGAAAACCCUCUGUUUUUGUACACUAUUUAAAUAAAUGAUUGCACAAUG